CGCAUGUGAAUGGACUAUGGCAAAAUUUGUUCUUGCAGGAAAAGCUGGUUGUCCUUAUUAUGCCAAAGCUGAGCUUCUUGCUGAUGUGCUGCAAAGAAACCUGCCAGAUUUUCACAUUCACAAGAUCUGUGUGCAGCCCAGUGACUGGGAGACAUGGCUGGAGGACACAUGUGCAUCAAAUGGAUGGACGCAUUCAAGCUGUCCUUUAGUAUGGAGGGAGCUGAUCGAUCGCGGGGGGAAAGGAAUGCUCCUCGGUGGCUUCAACGAUUUCCUUGAGCAUGCUCAGGGUUACUAUGGCAUUACCUCAGAUAUGAACUCUGAUCUGAUGCUAAAAAUUGCAGCAGAGAAUCAACAAACGAAAGAACUGUGUAUGAAGGAGGAAGUUCACAGACUCGAGUCUCUCAGACCUCUGCACAUCUGGAUCAGCAGCGCCCUGAACCCCAUCUGCUACAGCCUCAUUCCUCAGUUGUUCACCCCGGGACUGUUUCCAGGUCUCCCCCUGUUCACCCUUCACCUCAUGGACACCUUUGGGUCUGAGGAAAUGAUGCAAGGACUCAAGAUGGAAACAGAAGACCUCACCCUACCUCAGCUCCAUGAGGUCACCGUCCAUUCAGACCAGACUGAGGCGUUUCAGGAAGCCCACUUCAUCAUCUUUCUGGAUGACCUGCAGCCUAUAUGUGAAAGUAACAAUGAUCCAGAUGACAAGGAGCACACGGUGAGCCGGGUGGCCGAAUGUUUCUGUCGUUAUGGGCAACUCAUCGAGGCGAAUGCACGGAAGGACGUGAGAGUGAUAGUGGCAGGAGACUCCUUUAUUAACCUGAAGUGCUCGCUGUUAAUUGAGAACGCACCCUCUGUUGACCCGCACAACUUUGUGGCAAUGACAACGCAACUAGAAUACGAGGCAAGAACUCAGCUUGCGCAGAAGUUCUCGGUGAAAACAGCAGACAUAACUGAUGUUGUCGUAUGGGGAAACAUCAGUGGCAGUUUCCAUGUUGACCUGCAGAGGGCGGAGCUUCUCAGAUAUGACGGCGCAAUUCGGGGACCAGAUGGUUUUUCUCAGCGAGUUAUGGAAAUGAUUUAUGAUUGGAAAUGGCUGGAGACAGAUUUUAUGAGUUUAGUACAUAAACAUCGUGCCACAAUUUCGUCGAAGACCAACAAAGCCACGGCAAUAUCAUCAACCAAUGGAAUAAUGACCAUUUUAAGGGCGUGGAAUAAUGACGCUUCUCCAGAGGACGCUUUCUCAAUGGGUGUACUUAGUACAGGGCAGUUUGGGAUUCCAGCAGGUUUGGUGUUUUCUAUGCCUGUGAGCUUCAGGGAUGGUUGCUGGACAGUUCGCUCAGAUGUUACUGUUACAGAUGAGCUGAGGGUAAAACUUGAUGCUUGUGCUGAUGAACUUAAAAUGGAGAAAGACAUUGCUGCUAGAAUAUUGAAGAAAGAUGAAUGACGGCUCUCCAAAAGCAGACUUCAGUGACUCACUCCUUCAGUAACCUGA